CACCGACCAGGCCAGCAUACCUCCUCCGCACUACUAACACAGCAGCAUAUCGCAGCAUCCCUCCCCUCCAGAAUACUUUCGUUGCAUGUUUCCACCCCCAUAACACUACCACCACCAUGCCCGAGGACGACAAGUACGACGUGCUGGAGAAGAUUGGACAUGGCUCAUUUGGCAUCAUCCGCAAGGUGAAGCGCAAGUCGGAUGGCUAUAUCCUCUGCCGCAAGGAGAUCAGCUAUCUGAAGAUGUCGCAGAAGGAGCGCGAGCAGCUGCAGGCCGAGCUGUCCAUCCUCAAGGAGCUGCGCCAUCCCAACAUCGUCGCUUACUUCGAGCGCGACCACAUCAAGGCCUCGCAGGAUCUGCACCUGUACAUGGAGUACUGCGGCAACGGCGAUCUGGGACGCGUCAUCCGCGACCUCAAGAACAAGAACCAGUUGUGCGAGGAGGAGUUUGUGUGGAGCAUCUUCAGCCAGAUUGUCAGCGCCCUCUACCGCUGCCACUAUGGCGAGGACCCGCCCGCAGCAGGCCGCAAUGUCAUGGGGCUGGCGGCCAACGCGAAGCCUGCCCGUGAUCCCCGGAAGCCCAUGAUUCUGCACAGGGACCUCAAGCCCGAGAACAUCUUCCUCGGCGACGACAACUCGGUCAAGCUGGGCGACUUCGGCCUCUCCAAGAUCCUCCAGUCCCACGACUUCGCGUCCACAUACGUCGGCACGCCCUUCUACAUGUCCCCAGAGAUCUGCAAAGCAGAGCAAUAUGGCCCUCACUCCGACAUCUGGGCGCUCGGGUGCAUCAUCUACGAAAUGUGCGCAAAGGCACCGCCUUUCAACGCCAAAACACACUUCGACCUCAUCCAGAAGAUCAAGCUUGGACGCUACCCAGACAUCCCAGGCUGCUACUCUGGCGAGCUCCGCAAAGUCAUUUCCAGCUGCCUGCAAACGACCGCCGAGCACCGCCCCGACACCGCCGCCCUGUUGAACCUCCCCAUUGUCAAGUUGAUGCGCAAGGAGCAGGAGGUUGUCAAACUGGGACAGGACUUGAGAGAGCAGCGAUUGCUCGCCGCGCAGAGAGAACGAGAGGCAAGCGAGAAGAUUGCACGCAUACGCAAAGAGAUCGACGACCAGCUGCGACGAGAGUGGGAAGUCAAGGCACAGUUGGAGAUCGAACGCCAGGUCAAGAUCCAGACCGAGCAGCGUGUUCAACGGGAGCUCGCCAUCCUCCAGGCCAAGUUCGAAGAAGAGGUGGUCAAGAGAGUAGAAAAGGCGCUGAAGAAGCACCCCGGCCGCCCCAGCACAUCGCCAAAGCUUGCUCCUCGAUCCAACACACCGACCAUGCCGGCAGAGCAAGGGCUCCUGUUCUCCACAGGAAGCGAGUCGACUCUCGUCAAUGCCUCCACCAGCACAACUGGUUCAGUCUCCGAUUUUGCCAGUGGGACAGAUAUAUCCUCUCUGUCUCUUGACGACCCUACCGAGGAGCCCACCGCCAAACCGAAGCCCGCCAAACGACCCGUUCGUGCCCCUCUGUCUCGUGCCAGGACCAUGUUUUCCAAUCCUGUAACUGCCGUCGUACCAUCGUCACCAAUGGACGUCCAAAUGGGCGAGCCAUCACCAGCCCCAGCGUCACUUGCCGGUCUCUCACUCUCACCUCGCCGCAACCAACCACGCCCAAACAUCUUCGCCGCUGCCAAGGAGGGUGCAAAGAGAUGGGAAGCAGAAGUCCCCCCUUCGCCAUCCGAAGAAGACUGGAACGGUGACUUUGACGACGACGACGAUCUACCAGUUCUCCCCUCCCCAACACGCGCCCGCAGCACAUCAGGCGGCCGCUCAACAGGCGAAGAUCCCUUCAAGGUCCUCGCCGCCGCCCAACGCCCGCUCCUAAAACCAAACCAACGCCUAGGAAGCACACCGAACCUCGCGCCCACGACCAAGCCACGACCCACAGCCGUCCCCAUCGUCGCCACAUCGCCCGCGCGCCAGCAAAAAUCCCGCUCCGCAGAAACCCUCUCCCACUCCCCCCGCAGAGCAGGCCAAACAACCACCACCACAACAACCACAUCCUCCUCCACCAAAGCCGUCCCCUUCACAGGCCUCCAGUCCAAAAAGGGCAACGAGGCUAUCCGCGUCCAGGCCAUGCGCAACAACGGCGGCAUCCAGGGCCGCACCCUCGUCGAACUCCAGCAAGCACGCGGCAUCCCCAUGCAGACUAUGAGCGAGGACGAGGGCCUCGGCUCCGGCAAGAAGGGCUUCGGCUUCGGCGCUAGACGUAGUCCUAUGAAGGCGCGCACGGCGGCUGCGCAGGCGGCGGCUGCUGCUGCUGUGUGGGAUCCGGAUACUGAGCUGGAUAUGCCGAGUCCGUUUAUUAUUAAGAACAGGAAGAUUGUGAGGUGAUGAUGGGUUUGAUUUGGAUUUAUGGUGCGCGUUGAUGGCCUUCUUCUUCCCUUUGUUCACUUUACGCCCCCCCUCCUCCACCUCUUUCUCUCUCUAACGAAUCUUUCCUUCCCUUCCGCGCAUCUUGGAGCAUUUUUUGCAGGGCGAUGGUGUGCUUUCCGGCUUUUGCACUUGGAUCGAUUGGCGUAUAUACAGGGCGGUGUUUUUUGGAUUCUGGAUCCCGCCUGCGGCUUGGUUUGGUUUGAUUUGGGGGCCUCAUUGGUACUUUACGCUAUCUUACGCCUUUAAUGUUAUACCAUUUU